AUGGCUCAGCAAAGCAGUGACGUGAAGCCCCCAGAGGGCGCCUCGAAUGGUGAGCGGCAGCACAGAGAGAGUUUCCUCGUGCGGUUGCCGUCAAGGUCUCUAAUCAAGUCAAAUGUCGGUGCAACGACUUCGCACCCAUUUACACCAAUACAGGGCGGCGGUGAAGCAAACCCACUUGACAGUCAACCCACCACGCCUCAGUAUGAAGUCGUGAAUGCAAACGAGUCAAGUGCGAGACCAGGUGGCCUGGAGCGUCAGCCAACUACAUCCGUCGAGAAUCUCGUGAGCGUCUCUGACCGACAGCAAGCUGUUGCCAAGUUGGGGAUUCAUGAUACCUCGGUCGAAGCGGUAAUGCCGGUAUUGCCGGGCCAGGAGUUCCACUUGGCAAGUUGGCUCACAAGUGGCCGGACGCUGGCCGAGCCUACUUGGGCAUUUCGCACCAAGGUUCCUGUCGACGAGCAUCGGCUCCGCGGCGCCUGGGCGGUACUUCGACGUCGCCACCCUAUAAUGCGGUCUACGCUGGUGGCUGUACGACCAGACGAGGCCUUCACUGUGGUAUUACGACAAUCCAGUGGUGCAAGUAACUAUGCCACUUUCUCCAAGGCCUCGUAUCACGAGGGAACAUUAGUGGAGCGCGUCAAACAUGAGCUGAAGAAGCUUGCAAAACGACCGUCUUCUUUGAAGACACCGCCUACUAGAUUGACGCUUGUGCAAGGUGAUGUGCAAGAGGGAGACGCCAUCUUGAUCACAAUACAUCAUGCAGCCUGUGACACACGCAGCAUGGGGCUUAUUGUGCAAGAGCUCUCGGACCUGUAUCAUGGGAAACCGGUAGUGUCUAAAGCGCCGUCUUUCAGGAACUUCGUCAAAGAGACAUUGUUCACACAUGACCGCGAUGCGGAGGAGGAAUUUUGGAAAGACACUCUGCGGGAUUGCGAAGAGACUAUAGUGCUGCCGGAAACGGAUAACGACGGAAACUCUUUGAAGAAGAAUGAAAUUCUUGUCAAGGGCACCAAAACCAGCACCGAUGCUCUCGAAAAGGCAGCCGAAGUAGCAGGUGUGACACCGCCUACCAUCAUCUACCUGGCUUUCAGUCACAUUCUGGCCGAGAAAACGGGCUCCAGUCGUCCUGUCUUUGGGUGCUUCCAUAGUGGUCGUGAUUCGAUUGAUGGCGUCGAUAGGAUUGACGAAUUGGUUGGACCUUGUUCCACAAUGCUGCCGACCACCAUUCCAGAAGACGUGGAUGUUUCUCAUGAGCUUAAUAACAGCAAGUCUGAACUGAUUCAAUCUCUCAAGUCAGUUCAUGAGCACCUCGAUGCUCAAGUGCCCUAUGAGCAGUCUCGUCUUCGUGAUGUGCUACGCUGGGCUGAGGCGGGGGAGGCCGUGCCAUUCAACACGUACUUGAACAUUCUUUGGAAUACCAAGUUGCAGGGUGCAGCUGAAGACGCAUCCUCUGCCACUGACGACGAAGAAGCUUGGGAGCGCAUGGACCUGGGUAUGCGAACCGAUUAUAGCGCUGUAUCUGCUAUUCCAGGCCAGACGACUGUUGAUGUACUUGACACAAGCACUGUUAUGAGGAAACAAAAUGUGUUUGUGGAUGUUGGCAGUGACCGGGAAGAGAAUGGUGGAGGGGUGCUGGAGAUCCGACUCAGUGCCAACGAGGUGCUCAUGACUGCCGCGGAUCUGAAAGCUUUCGCCGAACAGAUUGACAAUGAGGUAGCCUCCCUAGUUGAGUGCUUGCUAUCAUAA